AUGAAGGGUUUGAUUCUUGUCGGUGGUUACGGUACCCGUUUGAGACCCCUCACUCUCUCGGCUCCCAAGCCUUUGGUCGAAUUCGGCAACAGACCCAUGAUUUUGCACCAAAUUGAAGCCCUUGCUAAGGCCGGUGUCACCGACAUUGUGUUGGCGGUGAACUACCGUCCCGAAGUGAUGGUGCUGGCGCUCACCGAAUACGGUAAGGAAUACGGUGUCAACAUCACUUUUUCCGUCGAAGAAGAGCCUUUGGGCACUGCCGGUCCUUUGAAGUUGGCCGAAAAGGUGUUGAAGAAGGACAACUCGCCGUUCUUCGUGCUUAACUCCGAUGUCAUCUGUGACUACCCUUUCGAAGAAUUGGCUAAGUUCCACAAGGACCACGGUGCCAUGGGUACCAUCAUCGCCACAAAGGUCGACGAACCCUCCAAGUACGGUGUCAUUGUCCACGACAGAGACACCCCUAACUUGAUUGACCGUUUCGUUGAAAAGCCCGUCGAAUUCGUCGGUAACCGGAUUAACGCUGGUCUCUACAUUUUGAACCCCGAAGUCAUUGACUUGAUCCCCAUGAAGCCCACCUCCAUCGAAAAGGAAACUUUCCCUAAGCUCGUGGAAAAGAAGCAAUUGUACUCCUUUGACUUGGAAGGCUACUGGAUGGAUGUCGGUCAACCCAAGGACUUCUUAGCUGGUACCGCUUUGUACCUUAAUUCGGUGCUGAAGAAGAACCCCGAAAAGUUGGCUAAGGGCGACUUCAUUCACCCCGACGGUAACGUGUUGAUUGACUCUACUGCCACCAUUCACCCCACCGCCUUGAUCGGUCCUAACGUCACCAUUGGUCCCAACGUCAAGGUUGGCGAAGGUGCUCGUAUUGUCGGCUCGGUGUUGCUUGAUAACUCCGAGGUCAAGGACCAUGCCCUUGUCAAGGACACCAUUGUCGGUUGGAACUCGAGAAUCGGCAAGUGGGCCCGUACCGAAGGGUGCACUGUCUUGGGUGAAGACGUUGAAGUCAAGAACGAAGUCUACGUCAACGGCGCCAAGGUGUUGCCUCACAAGUCUAUUUCAGCCAACGUUCAAUCGGAAGCCAUUAUUAUGUGA